CGCCGCCGUCUCCCGGGCCCAAACUUUUGCGGUGGGCUGGCCGGGGGCGGAGGGGAGGGGCGGGGGUGGGACGGGGCAGCGGAGCUGCUCCGGCAGCACGGGCAGCGCCGUCCUCGCCCGCCCUCCCCGCGCCGAGGCUGCCCGCGGAAUGAGCGUCCCCCGGGCGGCUGCCGCUGCCGCCUCCACUCGGGCUCCGGCGGGCGGGCAGAAAGUGCGGCUGCCGGCGCGGUCGCUGCAGCAGGAGCGGAGUGAAUGACCGAUAGGAGCGGCGCGGAGAGGCAGCCCCGGGAUCAGGAUGCGGGCGCUCGCCAACAUCCUCAACCUCCUGCUGCUGUCCUUGCUGGCCGGCCUCGAUCCAUCCAAGAGUUAAAUCAACUAGCUUGUGCUGAAUCACAAGGAGAAAACUGUUCUCAUCCACUUUGGAAACAAUGUGUGCAGGACGCUUCUAAAGAAAUAUUACAAAGACUCAGAUUAGCCCCAAGGAAGGGUGGCAAGUUUAUAGUUCAGCCCAGGAUCCUGAUGGCCGUUGCAUUUGCACUGUUGUUGCACCUGAACAAAACCUAUGUUCAAGAGAUGCCAAAAGCAGGCAACUCAGACAACUGCUAGAGAAGGUUCAGAAUAUGUCCCAAUCUAUUGAAGUUUUAAAUCUACGGACUCAGAGGGAUUUCCAGUAUGUUUUAAAAAUGGAAACACAAAUGAAAGGGCUGAAGGCCAAGUUUCGGCAAAUUGAAGAUGAUCGGAAGACAUUAAUGACAAAGCAUUUUCAAGAGUUGAAAGAAAAGAUGGAUGAGCUCCUGCCACUGAUCCCAGUUCUGGAACAAUACAAAACUGAUGCCAAAUUAAUCACCCAGUUCAAGGAGGAAAUUAGGAAUCUGUCUACUGUCCUCACUGGGAUUCAGGAAGAAAUUGGUGCUUAUGACUAUGAGGAACUACACCAGCGCGUACUCAGUUUAGAAACCAGGCUUCGAGACUGCAUGAAAAAGCUCACAUGUGGCAAAUUGAUGAAAAUUACAGGCCCCAUUACAGUCAAGAUAUCCGGAACCCGAUUUGGAGCCUGGAUGACAGAUCCAUUAGCAUCAGAGAAAAAUAACCGAGUCUGGUACAUGGAUAGUUACACUAACAAUAAAAUUGUCCGUGAAUAUAAAUCAAUUGCAGACUUUGUCAGUGGGGCUGAAUCAAGGACAUACAACCUUCCAUUCAAAUGGGCAGGAACCAACCAUGUUGUCUACAAUGGCUCCCUCUAUUUCAACAAGUAUCAGAGCAACAUCAUCAUCAAAUACAGCUUUGACACUGGGCGGGUGCUUGCACAGCGUAGCCUUGAGUAUGCUGGCUUUCACAAUGUCUACCCUUACACCUGGGGUGGCUUUUCUGAUAUUGACCUGAUGGCAGAUGAAAUUGGGCUAUGGGCUGUGUAUGCCACCAACCAGAAUGCAGGCAACAUUGUCAUCAGCCAGCUAAACCAGGAUACAUUGGAGGUGCUGAAGAGCUGGAGCACAGGCUACCCAAAGAGAAGUGCUGGAGAAUCCUUCAUGAUCUGUGGCACCUUGUAUGUUACUAACUCUCACUUAACAGGAGCCAAGGUCUACUAUUCUUAUUCCACAAAAACCUCCACUUACGAGUACACAGACAUUCCUUUCCAUAAUCAGUAUUUUCAUAUAUCCAUGCUUGACUACAAUGCAAGAGAUAGAGCUCUCUAUGCCUGGAAUAAUGGACAUCAAGUCCUGUUUAAUGUCACCCUUUUCCACGUCAUUAAAACUGAAGAUGACACAUAAUUCUCUUUCCCUUCCCUUUCCCUCACCCUCCUCCCUCAAAGCAGUGUCAUUUGUGAUAAACUCUAAAAGCAUCCAUCUCUCUCAGUUCCUUUUAAUUUACAUUUCUUUUUUCAUUAAGGAAAAAAAAAAUUUUCAACCAUAUAAUGCAUUUUAAAUACAGCUGAGCCUGUCAAAAAUGACCUGUUGGAAAUAAAAGCAUCUUAACUCACGAUUCUACAAGAUCUGUCAGGACCUUGUCUUGAAAAGCACUAAAGAGGUUUUAAGUGGCUAAACACAGUUUUAAAAAAGAUUAUGAUCUGCCUUAUUUUAGAGUCAGAGACUAAUGGUGGCUUAAAUGCAUGAAUGUCUUUUUUUACCUCAUUUUUGUUUUUAAUCUAUUGCUCAACUUCAGGAAAUAUUUUGGUAGCGUCAGACACAUAUUGCACAUUGUAUUUUUAUUUAUUCCAAAAGAAAGAUUUAGGAAUUUAAUUUACUUGGACAUGGAGUAUGAUUCAUUUUACCAUCACCCAAUUUCAGAUGUGGUGCUGUACAGUAUGUUUUUAAAUCUCUUGCAAACAUUUUAUCGACGGUAUGUAUUUCUACCAUUGUAACCACCAUUGUGCAAUUGUAUCUCUUCACUUAUGUGGAAGUAAACCAAGUACUAUUUUUUAUAAAAUAUAUUGAAGCUUAA